GUCGGAAACUUUAAAGUGGAAACAAAACAAGAAAGUUACAGGAAGUGUCAAGAUUUGAGGAACUGCUGUUUAGAUUAUAAGAAAUAAACGAUUUCCUGAGAGGAAAAGAUGGCUUGGCGAUUCAAGGCAUCAAAGUAUAAAAAUGCUGUUCUUAAAUUUCCAAAAAGAGAGGAAAUGAUAAGUGAGUUACCAGUAGGAUCUCUAGGUCAAUCAUUUGGUAAUCAUAUUAAAGCAAGUAGUCAAUAUGUCGUCUUUAACACAGAUUUAUCAGCCGGUGGUAAUUUAGGCUAUUUACCACUUAAUACACAAGGGAAACAAAACAGACAAAACAUUCCACUUAUACAAGCUCAUACUGAUUUUGUAACAGAUUUUGAUUUUUCACCUUUUGAUGACUACCUCUUAGCUACAGGGUCACAGGACAAUUCAAUCAAAAUAUGGUUAUUGCCAGAAGAGGGGAGUUCAGAUAAUAUUACUGAUCCCGUUGUAACUCUACCUGAACAAGAUAAAAAGAUAGAAAAUGUCGUUUGGAAUUCCAUGGCAGAUGGCAUUCUAGCAGCGUCUACAAAUAAAAGCGUUAAAAUAUUUGAUGUCACACAAUCAAAGGAACUUUUUGAGUUAAAAGGUCACAAGGAUAUCGUACAGAGUAUAGAUUGGCAUGGUAACGGUGUAUUAUUAGCUACAUCAUGUAAAGAUAAAAAGUUACGAUUGUUUGAUGCUAGAACAGCUUCCGUGGUUCAGGAAGGUGAUGGAUGUCCCAAUCUUAAAGAAACACGUGUUUUAUGUCUGGGUAACAGAGAUCAACUAAUCACUACUGGAUUUGAUCAGAGUCGUAAAAGAAUUGUUAAGCUCCAUGAUACACGAAAUCUCAGCACAGCUCUAGCUAGAAAUACCUUCGAUACUUCCACAGGUAUAUUGAUGCCAUUAUACGAUAGUGAUACUGGUAUGUUAUUCCUCGCUGGCAAGGGUGAUGCUACUUUAAGAUAUCUGGAAGUAAAUGAAAAAGAUCCAUAUUUUGUAGAAAAUUGUGUAGAGAGAACGGAACAGAUAAAGGGUGUUGCCAUGGUACCUAAACGUGGUGUUGAUGUAAUGACAGGGGAGGUAACGCGUAUCAUGAUUUUAGCUCAGAACUGUAUCCUUCCUACACCUGUUGUUGUUCCCAGAAAGUCUUAUAGAGACUUCCAUGAUGAUCUGUUUCCCGAUACAAGUACUGGUGAAUCAAGUCUAUCUACUCAACAGUGGAUUAACGGGGAUAACAGCCAGUUGAAAUUGAUGUCGUUAAAUCCUGCAAAGAGACCGCUACUAGCCAGCGGACGUGGGAAUGUUUUCAAUCCAACAACUGCAAGCGUUACGACACCAGUUGUUAAUAACAUGCCUGUAACUAACGGUGUAGAUACAUCAUCCAGUAAAGAAUCUACUCCAGAUGCGCCUGUGAUAACUGAAAUAAAACCAGAUAUUACUUCUACUAAACCAUCAUCAGCCAUUUCUGACAUCACAACUACCAAUUAUCAACAAGAUAACACAUCAUCAGAGGUCAUCAGUUCAAAUUCCACCAAUAGCAGUUCAGAUAACAAUGAAAGAAAUGUUGUUGAAGAGCAGAAUGUAAAACCAGUGAAACCGGUCAAACCAGUCAAACCAAGUAAACCGUUUACAGGUGUCCGCCAAUCAAAGUAUCGACAUCUUAAUGGUACAUUACUACACCGUAGUCAGAAUAUAGAGAAUGUACGGAAUGUAGAUAGAACGGUUCCAGGAGAAAGUGACAUGUUUCACGCUAAUAAUGUUCGCUGUGUCGUACCUAUAGAGGGUGCUGGUGGUUUAUUAGCAGUUUUUGAGUUAGCUAAUGCUGGUAAAUUACCUGAUACAGGAGUACCCUAUUUACAACAUGGUAGUAAGGUCACUGAUUAUGUCUGGGAUCCAUUUGAUGACAGUCGACUGGUCGUCUGUUGUGAUGAUGCCAAGAUUCGAGUAUGGAGAAUACCAGAGGGUGGAUUAACAGAAACUUUAACAGAGCCAGAAUUCUACUUAAGAGGACAUACAGAGAAGAUAUAUUUUGCUAGAUUUCACCCAAUGGCUAAAGAUUUACUUGUGACAUCAGCUUAUGACAUGAGAGUUAAAUUCUGGGAUUUAUCUAAUAGAACAGAAAUCAUGGAAAUAACAGAACAUCCAGAUCAGGUAUUUUGUUGUGCAUGGAGUCCCGAUGGUAAACAGCUAGCUACCGUAUGUAAAGAUGGUAAAACGAGAAUAUUUGAUCCUAGAAAUAGUUUAAACUCAAUACAGGUUGGCUUGGGACCAGUAGGAAGUAGGGGAGCAAGAUGUGGUUGGGCUUUAGGUGGAAAAUAUUUUUAUACAUCUGGUUUUAACAGAACUGGUUCAAGAGAAAUAUGUUUAUUUGAUGUAGAAGAUUUAUCAACACCUUUAAAUCGUAUUGCUCUUGGUACAGCUCCAUCUAUACUCGUACCAUAUUAUGAUGAAGAUAGCAGUACACUCUUUCUUACUGGUCGGGGAGAUGGUCUGGUGUAUGCACUAGAGAUAGCAGAAGAUAGACCAAAUUUAUUUGAUUUAUCAACAACUAAACUGGGUGGGUUACAUCAAGCCUUCUCCUUCCAGACCAAAAAUAAAUGUGUAAUAAAAGACGUAGAGUUUGCACGAGCGUGGAGAUUAACGAAGUCAACUGUAGAACCAGUAACAUUCACAGUACCUAGAGUUAAGAAAGAAUAUUUUCAAGAUGAUUUAUUUCCUGACACUAAAGUUACGUGGGAGCCUGUGUUGACGUGUUCUGAGUGGAUGUCAGGACAAGAUAGAGUACAGAAAAUUAUCAGUUUACGACCGACUGACAUGAAACCAUUAAGUGAAGCACCAGUUGAAGGUCCGAGAGCUAAAAAAUAUGAAAGUUUUAACAUUGAAACAUAUAAAUCAGAUGACCAGAAGAAGGAAGAGUUAUUAGAUGCCAUGACAAAUAAACUAUCAUUAGCUGAUGGUCCUCUACCACAAGAUUUAUUUGAAGGUGUUGAGGAAGAGGAGUGGGAUGAUUAUUAAAGUGAAGCAAGUCGGUAUAAGACCAAUUAGUAUUAAACUUGAAAAUUAUUGCAAAAAUUCAUGGUGCAAUAAUGUUUAAUAUUAGGCAGCAGUAUUAUGGGAACUUCGGAGAUAAUAUUUUGGGACAAAAAUAACAUAUUUUUAAGGCAGUUACCUGAAAUAUAUUUCAGGAAAAGUAAUAUUCUUAUCUGUAAUUUCAGGCCAAGUUUUAUAUUCCCCUCAUUUAUAUUGUCUAUAUUCUAUUAAUGCUAGGUUCCCACUUUCGUGUGAUGCGUUGCGAUAGGAUUGUCCCUUUUGAGUCGGGGUGUUGGAUGGCCGAAUGGUUAGCACGUGCGCGCUGUAUCAUAAGGCCUGUCAUUGAGUCAACUGCCGUGGUUUUGAAUCCCUGGUUGUACGUGACAAGGAGUAGGGUCCAACCUCGUGGGUUUUCUCCGGGUCCUCCGGUUUCCUCCCACUGCUAAAGACCCCUUGUAUAAGCGAAUUAUUGAAAUAAAAUUAAACCGUAUGUUAGUCCCGAAAUGAUCUAGUUUGUGUCGAGUGGAUGUUACACUCAUUUCUCCCUCUCCCUCCCCAUUGAGUCCUCGAUACAUUAGGAUACGUUUCGAUGCGAACAACACGAUUGCUACAAAUGACCUCAAUAUAAGCUAAGACCUGAUUGGAUCACACGAUUACUCCAUGAUUAAAACCACAAUUUCAAUCUCAGCACGAAACGUGAUAGUGGGAACCCAGCAUAACUAUUUUCUAGUCUGUUGCCUUCUAUUGUCUUAAUUCGUAAUAAGUCUUCGUGAAUUGAAAAGUUGUAAUUAAAAACGUAUUUUAAAAUAAAUUUCAUCAAAAUUUUUCCAUGUACAGAGUGUGUACCAGGGCUUUCACAUAAAAAUCAUGUCUGUCAGUCCAUUUUAGAUGUAUUGUUAAUUUAUUAUAAUUUACAAUAAUAUGUGAUAGACAAUAAUUCUUAGAUUAUGGGAUAGUUAAUUAUGCAAUAUUAAUUCUAAAAUUAAAACACUUAUAUAGAUGUACUACUUCUGAAUUUUAUUAGCAUGCUACGUUUCAAUACACAUACAGGUAUCGUUAUCAAGUAGAUAAUCAUUAGUAAAUCCAUACAAGUGUUUUAAUUUUAGUGAAAUCUGUUGUUAUAUAUAUCUUAAAAGAAAGAGGAUCCUCUUUCUUUUGAUAUUUUUCACGGAUCGGUUCCUGCUUUUCCCCGGAUGUAUCACUGAGAUCCAGACUCUCCUGCACUGUAUUAGGGAAUCUUCCGCCCUCCUUUUUAUUGAGUGUGGGGGUUUUAUCGUCCUUUACUUGGAUUAUCUGUUGUUAUAUAUCUUAUAAGGAUAAUAUUAAACAUACAUUAUGUAAGAUUUAGAUAAAGAGCUAGCCAUUCUUGCUAUAGUAGUUCGAAAAUAGAUAACGUAAAAUGAAUAAUUUGAAAAUUUCAUUCAAAUUACACUAUUGCGAUCGAAGAUAUUAGACUUUGAAGGUUUGACAAGACAUGUGCAAUAAUUUCAACAACCCUACUGGUUGUUCAAAGCUAAGUCUCGCUCCUCCAUUUUUAGCUUAAAUCAAAACAUGGCUGAACUGUUCUAAUCUAUUUAAUAUCGGAGAAAUUUGAUGCCAUAGAGAGUUGAUUAUGACCUGGAUAAGUUAAUUAAUGUCUAAUUAAUAGUUUACAUCUCAUGCCUAAAGAAAUACCUUCUAUGGACAGAUUUAGCUCUUGCAUAAUGUAUGUUUUAUGCUAAUUAAGUAUGUAAAUACAUUGUUAUUAAUAUAGAUAUAUAUCAGUUGUAUAUUCUAUAAUAUUGUUGAUUGGCUGACCACAUUCUGUAUGCUUCCAUGAUUGGAUGGGUGUGUGGUCUAGUGUAUGCGCUUUAGAUCAUAAGAAUUGUAAUUGAGUCAAGUACUAGCCUGCCUAACCUUAUGUUUUUUCUUCAGUGUCCUCCAGUUUCCUCCUACUAUGAGAGAUGCAUGCACAAUAUAUACAACAUGUUAGUCCCAAUAUGACCCAGUUUGUGUAGCAUUGACGUUAAGUGAGGUUAGGUGGUCUAGUGGUUUAACGCGUGCACGUGAAAUCAUAAGGUCUGUCGAUUCCCCUCUUGUAUGUAACAUGGAGUAGAGUUGCCUGUCCAACCUCAUCGGUUUUAUCCGCGUCCUCUGGUUUCCUCCCACUGCUAAAGACCCCUGCUAAAGAGGUUAAACCCCAUUUCUCUCUCUCUCUCUCUCAGAGACAUUAAACAGUAUUUCUGGCUUUCUGUCAUUAAUUCUUACAUCAGUUGUUAUUUCGUACGUCUAUUAUAGAAGCCAAGUUGAUGUAAAUUAAAAAUUUGACAUGCAAUUUGUUUUAGCAUCUUGUUUUUUACUGACCGUGAAUGAAUGUGACAAGAUAUUUUGUAUUCUGUCUUUUGUUAAUGAUCGCAAUUGUACAGAAAAAUUUACAGGGGUUCUUUCAUAUUUAUAUAUCAUGUUUGCAUAUGUACAGCAAGUUUAAAGAUUUUAUAGAAUUUUUUGUACAAAUAAUGUUUUUGAAUAUAUCAAAUAGCAGCUAAUAUAUAUAACUAUUGUUAAUGAAUAUCACUGUUAUACAGCAAACAUUUGAAUGUCCGAUAUUGAUGAGCAUAUUCCAUAAGCAAUGGCUUGUUUAUAUCGUUAAUUGAUAUUUUACUAAUGUUAGUAUUUAUUAGAUGUAGUAGUAUUAAUUCAAUUCAUUAAUUUUUUUAUCGCAAAAUGAGGACAGUUUUCUAUGAAAAUAUCUUUUUCAAAAUAGUAUAAUCACUUCAGGACACAAGUUCACAAAGCAUUCUCAGAUUUUAAGUUAAGUUGUUCACCUUGUUUUAACUAAAAUAUAGCCCUUUAUAAAACUUUGCAAAGUUUUGUGUUUCUGGAUCAAAGAUAUUUCUCAUAAACAGUGAUUGAAAGUUGAGUAAAUUCUUAACUUAAGUCUGAGAAUGCUUCAUGAACUCAGGGCUCUCGCUUAAAAGUACCAUAUACAGAGGAUAACAUCAUCAGAGCCAUCUUGGAAUUGUGGCGUCAUUUCAAAAUUUAAAGUCCAUCAAUUGAUGCACAAUUGUCCAAGGAACAAGCCUGCCAAGUUUGAUGUCAAUCGUACAUGAAUUGGGUAGCAGAAGGCUUUUUCCGAAGAGUGCCGCCCUCCAAGAACAACUGUCCCCAAAAAAUUAAUCUUGACAAUUUACAAUUAGUAGUUAUAUGCAGGCCUGGAAAUUAUGGUUUCAGAUGUACGUGACAAAAUGUCAGGCACCAAUGAAAUAGUACCUGCCAUUUUCAAUUUAGUGCCAGACAUGUAUUAAUAAUAUCAAUAAAAAAGACAAAUCAAUGCCAGACAAAAUGACAGGCACCAGAGGAUUAGUACCUGACAAAGCCUGUAUUUGUGCUUGACAUUGAUUGUGACAGUUGCCUUAUUUCCAGGCUUGUUUAUAUAUGAUACAAUGUGAGUGUUUUGUUAAUGAUAUCAUGAAUUAAAUGUGUUCAAUACAAUAAUUAUUCACAUAAUAUAUGAUCUAAUUUUUGUUGUUGAAGGUAUUUUUGUAUUUUGUUUUGUACUAACAACACUCAGAAAAAUAUUUUUUGGUGAAUUUAUUUUUACAAAUUUUUUUUGUAGAUUUAUGUUUUUGAACUAGUCUAUUUUUUCUUGACUUGUAAUAUUAGUACAUUCCCUUUAAAUAUUGCAUUCUUUUACAGUAGUAGUUUGUCAGAGAGGGAUUGGGUUUGUCAGAGAUUAUUGCAAUCUGAUUAAAAUACAGAUCUAUAUUACGUUUCGUUUUUUUAUACUUUCGAUGGCCUAGAGUACUUGAAGAUCUGACCGGUUGUAGCGAUAGAUCGCGCCCGAGGUCAUACGAGCAGCUUUUGACCCUAUGACGUCAGACAUUUGAUAAACCAAUCUGCAUUGAUGUUACUAGUGGAUUACCCACAGUUCCACACCUAAAGCUCACUGUAACAGACUGCUUCAUUGGAUAAUCCCUCACACCGUUCAGAACACGUCAAUGAUAACAACUCUUCCAGAUCCUAAUGUAGUAAAGACAAGUAAAACGACAUUUUUAACUAUAAAAACGAAACGAAACAGGAUCUGUGUUUUAAUCAGAUAGAGAUUAUUGCCUAUUAUGUUUGGAAGGGGACAGCAGUAGGAGUAGGGCACUGACCACUUAACCAGCAUCCUGGGGUGGACAGAGAAUAAUGUUCUAGAUUUUUACUUGAACAAAGCCUUGGUAUCUCAUUCCAUUAGGGGGGGUUGGAUGGCUGAAUGGUUAGCGUGCGCGCGCUGUAUCAUACAGUCUGUCAUUGAGUCGACUGGCGUGGUUUCAAAUCUCCGGUUGUACGUGACAAGGAGUAGGGUCGCCUGUCUAACCUCGUGGGUUUUCUCCGGGUCCUCCGGUUUCCUCCCACUGCUAAAGACCCCUACGCACAAGCGAAUCAUUGAAAUAAAAUUAAACCAUAUGUUAGUCCCGAAAUGACCUAGUUUGUGUCGAGUGGACGUUAAACCCCAUUUCUCUCUCUCUCUCUUUCUCUCUCCCAUUCCAUUAUGAAGAUACUAGGUGUGAGACAAACACUCUCUAUACUGUACUACUGUUUAUAUUGAAAUGAGACCAAGUUUAGUAUUGUUAUGCCAGUAUAAAAUAUUUUUUUUACCUCAGAACAAUAAAAUCAAUUAGUACUGAUCAUUUACAAUAUAGAUUCUAGUCAACCCGUUAUUAUAUACCGGAAGCGUCAGGGUCUGUUUCGAUUAGAAAAGAUCCUGGGCUUUAAAGCACAUAGGGUAGAUAACUCUUCUAAUGUUAUCGAUAAGCAGGCCAGCAAAUAUUCUUGCAUUAUAUUUUGUUAUGUGUGAUAAAUUUCAUAAUCUACUGAGUGAUAUCUCCUGGGUGGCAUUUGAUCAUAACGUCUGUCAUUGAGUCAAGUGGCAUGGUGUCAACUCCUCGCUUGUACGUGACAAGGAGUUGGCUCGCCUGUCCAACCUUGUGGGUUUUCUUCCGGUCAUCCUGUUUCCUCCCACUGCUAAAGACCCCUACGUAAAUUAUUGAAUAAAAUUGAACCAUAUGUUAGUCCCGAAAUGAUCUAGUUUGUGUCAUGUGGACGUUAUAUCCCAUUUCACUGCCUCUCUAUAUGAUACAGUUGCUAAAAGUAUCUCAUGGAUUAAGUAAUUCUUGUUUGACCAAUUUCAUUUCACAAAGCGUUGCGAUUGAUUGAUAAAUAUUAAUAUUGACUAGAAAGAUAAAUGUUGACAAGUAUAUUUUUUUAUUGCAAUGAAUGAAUUUGUUUACAUAAAUAGUGAAUUUGCUUACAUAAAAAGAUCAACUUAGACUUAGUGAUAUCUACACAAACAAAUUUGUUAACAUUUGUUGUUUUGGUUAUACAAAAAAAAUUGUAGUGUAUCAUACAUUUAAUAAAAUAUUCUCAAACUUUC